AUGGCGCCAAAAUUCUCAUUCGUCCUUCUGUUGAGUUGUUCUUCUGUUACUUGUCGAAGAAGUUCUUCCAUUCACAUUCUCAUAUUUUCUCUUCUUGCAUUAUUCAGUGGAAUCUCAAUUCCUUUCAGCUACUCGUUCUCUCAUCGCAAAUCUUUUUGCAUUAGCUUCUCCCACCGUUUAAGUUUGUCAUCAUUAUAUUACUUUCCCUCUUUCUCUCGCCGAUAUGCUCUCCACCUAUUACCAUCUCCUUCUGUCGCUUUAGUUCGCCUCGAGUCUCCUGCCUUGUGUUCUUAUUGCCUCACAGUGUCCCUACGAUUUCUAACCGCUGGGAUUCUCCCUAACUCUAUCUAUCUAUCUAUCUAUCUAUCUAUCUAUCUAUCUAUCUAUCUAUCUAUCUAUGAAUUGCGUUCAAGAAGGAGAUAUCUAUCUAUCUGUCUAUCUCAUUCUGUUAAAAUCUCUCUCUGUAUCUAUCCGCGUGCCAAUUAUCUAUCUAUCUGCCUAUCUAUCUCAUUCUUUUCAAAUCUUUCUCUCAUUGUGUUGACAUCUAUCUAUCUAUCUAUCUAUCUAUCUAUCUAUCUAUCUAUCUAUCUAUAUCAUUCUGUUCAAACCUCUCUCUGUAUCUAUAUGCAUGGUGAUUAUCUAUCUGUUUGUAACGCAAACUUUCUAACCAUUCACCCGCUAUCUAUCUAUCUAUCUAUCUAUCUAUCUAUCUAUCUAUCUAUCUGUCUGUCUAUCUAUCUAUCUAUCUAUCUAUCUAUCUUGCCAAUUCUUAUUCCCUCCCGUUUUAUUCUUUCGUUUUUCUUUUUUCCUUCUUUUCUUCCUUUGCCUUUCAAAUUUCCUCACCUUUUUUAUGUUAACCACAUUCCUACUUGGUGGACAUUUUACCACAUUACUGUUGCUUUGCCCACUUUUGUAUUGCAUCUAUCUAUCUAUCUAUCUAUCUAUCUAUCUAUCUAUCUAUCUAUAUUUAUUGUUUUGCCGAUCGUCUGUUUGUUCUCCCUUCUUCAAAAAGACGUAAAUCAUGGUUCUGUUAUGUUCGCCUCAUCGAAGAAGCCGAAAUCAACUGAUGUUUGGCGGAAUGCGUCGUUUCCACAAUGUUUGACCAUCUAUAUUUCUGGUCAUAUCUAUCUAUCUAUCUAUCUAUCUAUCUAUGUUUAUGUACAUAUGUAUGUAUUACCUUUAUACAAACAUCCUAUUUUUUUAACUGACUUCUAUAAAUCCUACGUAGAUUGUCUCCUUGUUGGCGAUUUCCCAAAGCAUGUUCUUCAAAGUCAUUGCACAAUUACUUAUGUCCCAGUUUGCCUAAUGUUUGCUAACAAUGGAAAGUUUAUUGUUGUCUUUCUGGUUCUCUGUGAAACGUUUGAAUUAUGA